GUGCGAAACUGUCGGUCGCUAAUGUCUGCAACACCCGGUGUUUGAGUUGUGGGAUGGAGUUUCGUUGACAGACAGUAACAAUACGUGACGUUUGUAUUUAGUGUCUCUGUCUUCAUACGCAGCGACAUCGGGAGGACUCCCCAGUGCAACAUGGCGGAUACUAUUAUCGUCAGGGUACAAUCCCCAGAUGGCAUGAAGAAAAUUGCUUCUACCAAGAGGGACACUGCUACUGCUUUUUUAAAGAAGGUGGCCAAAGAGUUUGGGUUAAAUUCCGAGUUUUCUGUUUACCUGAACCGCAACAAGACCGAAGAGCUCCUUUCCCAGAACAAAACGCUGAGCCUGCUUAAGAUCAAGCAUGGCGACAUGCUGUAUCUGGUCCCUUCAGGGUCCCCUUCCACCUCGGGGGAGGUGAUGGACACGGCCACCCCGCACACAUCUUCAUCCCUACCACCUGUCUCAACUGCCUCAUCCUCCUCUUCGUCCUCCAUGAUCCCCCGGUCCUUCUCAGCGCCCCAAGUCCAGGAGGACGAGAUCGAUCAGUAUCUGUCCAAACAAGACGGCAAGAUCUACAGGAACAAAGAUCCACAGCUAUGUCACCACGGUUCCCUUGGAAAAUGUGUGCACUGUGUACCGUUAGAGCCUUUCGAUGAAGACUACCUGAAUCACCUCGACCCGCCAGUGAAGCACAUGUCAUUCCACGCAUAUCUCCGGAAAUUGACCGGUGGAGCUGAUAAAGGGAAGUUUGCAGCUCUGGAGAACCUCAGCUGUAAGAUCAAGUCGGGCUGUGAGGGCCACCCUCCCUGGCCCGAGGGGAUCUGCACCAAGUGCCAGCCCAGCGCCCUCACCCUCAACAGACAGAAAUACAGACACGUGGACAACAUCAUGUUUGAGAACCACACCAUCGCUGACCACUUCCUGGACUUCUGGAGGAAGACAGGCAGUCAGAGGAUGGGAUACUUGUACGGCAGGUUCACUGAGAAAAAAGACAUCCCUCUGGGCAUCAGAGCCGAGGUGGCCGCCAUCUACGAGCCGCCACAGAACGCCAGUCAGAACAGCCUGGAGCUGGUGGACGAUCCUAAAGCUGCGGCUGUGGACGAAAUUGCCGCCAAACUGGGCCUGACCAAGGUGGGCUGGAUCUUCUCUGACCUGCUCUCUGAGGACACGAGGAUAGGAACCGUCCGCUACACGAGAAACAAUGACUCACACUACCUGAGCGCAGAGGAGUGCAUCACCGCCGGAUACUUCCAGAAUCUACAUUCAAACCCCUGCAGACUCUCUAGAGACGGACAUUUUGGCUCCAAAUUUGUGACCGUGGUGGCAACAGGGGGUCCAGAUAACCAGGUGCACUUUGAAGGAUAUCAGGUGUCCAAUCAGUGCAUGGCUCUGGUCAGAGACGAGUGCCUGCUGCCCUGCAAAGACGCUCCGGAGCUGGGCUACGCUAAAGAGUCCAGCUCCGAGCAGUACGUACCAGACGUCUUCUUCAAGGACAAAGACAAGUUUGGAAAUGAUGUCACGUUUCUAGCUCGGCCUCUGCCUGUGGAGUAUCUCAUCAUAGAUAUUACUACCACUUUUCCAAAGGACCCCCAGUACACCUUCUCUUCUACACAACGCUUCCCCAUUGAGAACCGGGACAUCAUGGGAGAGACACAAAACUUCCACAGUUUAGCAACAUACCUGUCCCAGAGCACCUCCACGUCGUUCCUGGAGAUCGUGUCGGACUUCCAUCUGCUGCUCUUCCUCGUCACCAAUGAGGUCAUGCCUCUGAGAGACAGCAUUGGGUUGCUACUCGAUGCAGUGAGGACUUCUGAUGAGGAUCUGGCCCAGACCUGGAAGAAGUCGGAGCAGUGGGCCACCAUCGAGCAGCUGUGCAGUACAGUGGGCGGGCAGCCCUCCAGCUCUCAGGGUUACGGGGCCAUGGGCGGCCCCUCGGCCCCCGCCUCCUCCUCGGCCAUGUGGUCCUGCCUCCACUGCACCUUUAUGAACCAGCCCGGCACAGAGCACUGUGAAAUGUGCAGCCUGCCCCACAGUUAAAAAAACCCACCCUGCCCCCCUCCCCCUAUGUCCCGCCCUAAUCUCACCCCCCCCAGCCAAUCUCAUCGCUGCACCAGGACGAGCUGCGAGAUUUGGAUUCCCUUUUUUAGUUUUUCUUUCGCCUCGCUCUGAAGCCUUCCCAUCUCACAGGCUGCUGAUGAAGGGGAUGCACUCGUUUACAACUAAUUCAAUGAGUAAAUCAAAUAAAACCAGACUGUGUUUAUUCUGUAUCCCUCCUCACAGCGGCUCUCGUGAGUCUCGUUAAGGUAAAGCACUUUUCUUUUGGCUGAGGCCCCUUUCCCUCAAUCCCCCCCACUCUGAAUAAUCAGCCCAUCAAAUGAGACUGGAGUGUUUGGAUGUUCUCUCACAUCAGUGCCCCUCUCACUCUCACAACGUCUUCUGGAAUAACGUGCUGUGUAUGAAACACAUUUGAGGAAUGAUACUGUUAUUUAAUUCUUUAUUUUUUGUAUCUGAUUGUAGCGAUACCUUCAUGUUUUGAAUCUGUGGGCUCUACUCACGCAGGUCUCUUUGACAAGCCCCUUAAAGUACAAUCAUCAGUCACAGCUCAGACCUGAAAACUCUUAAGUAGCUCCGCAAUAAAUCCACGUAAGUAGAGAGUUUAUAUUUUCAGUAUUCAUUUACUUUAAGAAUAAGUCCCAGAGUUGAAAAGGCAUCAACAAAGAGCGUUUCACCCCUUACUCAACCGUAACAGUGGUUUGAACCUGAGCAAAAAUAAUAUGUAGCUUAUUUGAUCAGCUGUAUGUGCGUCUCUGAUGAAACCCAACUAAAUGGCCAACAUUAUUACUGACUUGCACUAUAUUAGCCGCGAGGUGCUUCUAGAAACCACUGGUGCUCGCCAAUAUCCUCUCUGUCGCUCCCUACCUGGGAUUCUCGCUGGCGCUGCGGAUGGGGCCCUGCUGGGUAACCAUGACUCAUCCUUGAAGAGUCCAAGUGUGAGGGGUCACUGGUCACUACGAGGAGAGAAAAGAUGCAUAUUGAUUUCACUUGUCUCAAGCAGGAUGAUGAAGGUCCGUGUUGGAACUAAACCUUGAAGUUGGCAUGGUCUGAUUUAUGUUCUACAAAUAAUUGUAAUCUUACCCAGAGCCUCUUCCAGCAGGAGACGUCAGAUUGGUGUUUUGGAAGGGGCUAAGGCUUAAACCAAUGUGAAAGCACUUAGCUCGCCUCAAUGGCACUAAAAAGGGUCAGUUGAUCAAAACUGCAAAAAAGAUUUCCAUAGCUAUACGAUAUUCGAUAGCCAUACACACAGUUUCUACGUCUCUGAGUCUGCCUUCACCCCUGUUGAUGCAGAUGAUUGUGCUAAGAGCAUUGCAAUGUGGCAGGAAGUUAUCCAUAUAAGGAGGCAGAGAUCGCAGAGACAACAAAACAAUCUCCAUGUUACACUGCUGUGAGUGGGGACAUUUUUUGUUUUCCAUUUCAACGAAGUAACCUUUAACAUAUCACAGUCAGCAGUAUGCAUAUGAGGAUAGUUGGUUAAAACUGGUUCUUUUUUAUAACAGUUUUUUCCCCUUUUCUUCUUUCGUGAGGCACAUUUGUCGACCAAAACUUGUGAUAUCAUUUGAAACUUCCACAUCUGGAAACAAAAUGUUGAAUUAAACUACCCCGCCUAGAUUCUCGUAGCAUUUCUAGCAUCGGUUCAGCGAAAUGGACCACAUUGAUAUUGUCCAUGCAAAGUUAAGUGGGCGUCUUGGUAAGCUAAUGUGUUGCCAUAAUGACCUUUUUAGUACUAUCAACAAUAUUCUAAAGGAACAUAUGUCUACAUAUAUGAAAUGAAAAGCCAGUGUAGUUUUUAAAAUCAUAUUUAAUGUCUGUCACCAAACUCAUCUGGUUUGACUUGAAUGCCUUUGCUCAUACAACAGAUUUGUAGAUCCACAUCCUCCAUGUUUGCUGCUGACAGAAAACAUUCACAUCGCUACUUUCUUCUUCCUCAAACCUUUGUGCACUUCGCCAUGAAAUAGUUCCAUGUCAUUACUUUGCUAAAAGGAUCUGGCAGGAGUGAAUCACUAAAUACUGUGGCGUUUCAUCGGGGUGUUGCUGGGGAAACGGGCUUCUUAGUUGGGACGAGAGACGCUGGUUUGCUAUUUAUGAAUUAAUGAGAUGUGUGCUUUGUAAGAGCUUGACAGUGAUUCCAUGACAUGUAUUUUUAGUUGUAGGUUAAUUUGAAAGAAGCUUGUGUGUUUUUUUGGUUUCUUUCUUUGCCCAGUUGAUAUCAUUAUUGCCCCCCCCCUCCCGUGUGAGUUCUUAAGAGCGAUUUCUCUGAUGUCAUGCUAACGGACGGCGGUGACCUUUUCCUUUUGUAUUGAUCCGGGCCGUUUGCUGAGCGAGCAUGCUCUGGUCUUACAGCCGGUCCUGACCGAGGACACAGAACGUUGUAUGCUGUUGACCUGGAUUUGAAACAAAAUGAUAAUAAAAAAAACAACAACAACAAA